AAUGUGAUUUAUGCAAGAAAACGUCGCAAGUUCUAUACCACUUAACGAUGUCUGAUGCCUCAUUAAGGAAUUUCUGUUCGUACCAGUGCGUCUUGAAAUUUCAGGGUAAUUACUCAAAGCAUACACCUCCGUUAAUACCAGGCGAGGCCAUCGACGAACAGAAAGCGGUGCCCACGGGAUCUCCCAGGCGGAUGUACCCAGCUGCUAAAAAAACGCUCCAAGUCCAGCAGCGUCCAACCCAAUCCUUAACACGAAACGUCCAAUCCUUAGCAGCUCCAUCUCUGCUCAAGCCGGCCAUUAUAGAACAGAAUUCUAAAUGUGUACAAUAUCCCGUACCAGAACCCGAGCCCCCCGUGUCACCCGAAAUACCUCCAUCCACAAAAACCUCUACACCACCAUCAUCACCUCCAUCCACAAAAACCUCUACCCCAGUAACGCCAACACCACCCCCCGCACCACGACCCCGCAAAUUUAAAAUAAUAAAAAUCAUACCUUCAUCAGUAUCAGUAAUAACCAAUAAGGUAACUAAACCUGUAAUGGAGUCUAAAAGCGUGUCAUGUGGACCUGAAAUGUGCACCAAGGAGUGUCAGACAGACCCUAGUUUAGAACGACGUGUACUUAUUCCUGUACCCGUCCCUAUCUACGUCCCUGUACCUUGUGCUAUGUGGUCCCUUCCCUUCCCAGUUCCAGUCCCUAUUCCCAUACCUAUCCCAACACCAGUCUUUAUUCCUACAACUAGAAAUUCAGCUAAAGGUAUCAAGAAGGAGAUAGAAAAGAUCCAGGACAAGAAGCCGCCGAAUCCAUUCGAAGCAGAACUGCUAACGAUGGCGGAAAUGGUGGCCUGUGACAUGAAAAAUGAACAAAGUGACUCUGAUUCUGACGAGGAGAAUGCGGCUACCUUGAAUCCUGUGGCGAAUAUGGGCGAUAACAAUGCCUUUGGCGAAGACAUGCUGCAGAUGGCGUUCAAAAUGGCGACGAACUACGAAGACAAAGGUGUAGACCUUGAAUCUGAGAUGUUAACAAAUACAAUCACACUAGACCUGCGCGCGUCGGCGGCGCCUCGCAAGCGCGCCCCCGGGGCCCCGAACGCGGCGCGCCCCGCUCGCACGUCCAAACGGCGCCGCGCCGAGCCGCCGCCCGCGCCGCUGCCCGACCCGCCGCGGGAGCCGGCCGAGAAACCCGACGCCAACAUGUGCCUCAAGUACACGUUCGGCGUCAACGCGUGGAAGCAGUGGGUGAUGACGAAGAACGCGGAGAUCGAGAAGAGCUCGAUACGACGGAAGCCGUUCAAGUCCGAGAUAUUGCAGCUCACGGCGGAUGAACUCAACUACUCGCUGUGUCUGUUUGUGAAGGAAGUGCGGAAACCAAACGGCAGCGAAUACGCCCCCGACACUAUUUAUUAUUUAGUUUUAGGUAUACAACAAUAUUUGUUUGAAAACGGUAGGAUAGACAAUAUAUUUUCGGAUCCAUAUUACGAAGAAUUCACCGAUUGCCUGGACGAAGUUGCGAGGCGGUUCUCAAUUUUAUACGAUGUCUCACAGUACGUAGUCACCCGAGUGGAAGAGGAGCAUUUAUGGGAGAGUAAACAACUGGGCGCCCACUCCCCGCACGUCCUGCUCUCCACGCUCAUGUUUUACAACACAAAAUAUUUCAAUUUGGUGACAGUAGAGGAUCAUUUGCAGUUGUCUUUCGCUUACGUGUUGAAGCAUAGGAAGCUGAGGAGGGAAGACGCCAUGACACCUGACUCAAGGAAUGAUAUACUAAGAUAUUAUCCUCCACAAUUCGACUUAGAACCAAAUUUAAAAAAGAAAAAGAGAAAGGUGUAUGAACAACGUGCAAAUGAAGCAAAUCCGUUUAGGUGCCCAAUCAAACUUUUUGAAUUCUAUAUUUCUAAAUGUCCCGAGUCGGUGCGCACGCGCAACGACGUGUUUUACUUACAACCGGAGAGAUCCUGUGUACCAGACUCCCCAGUAUGGUACUCUACGCAAGCGUUGAGCAGACAAGCGCUGGCAAAGAUGCUGCAUCGCGUCAAGAUGGUUAAGGAGAUAAACAUCGCGUUACUCACCAGCUAAGAUUACAUCGCCAGUCUGCACACGGCUUGGAAACUAAUGCAGCGAUGCGGUACAAGUUACUGGCACACUCCUACAGAUACAGACUACGUUCAUCGGAGUACCGCGCGAGUGGGCUACAGGUGGCUCUUGCAACGUAUCUUUGACGUCAACCGAUCGCUUAUGAAAUCGGUUAUAUUUCGGAAUUGUGUGAUACAUUCUCAUUAAAAUAAUUAUUGGCGACUUGGGUUGUAUGUUCCUCAGUGCCAGGAUAUAAAGAUUUUAUGUUUGCCCAUGUGUAAAAUUUGAAUAUAAGAUAGAAAUAAGUUGUAAACAAUUCUAAGGUUUUUAAUUGUUAAACAAUUAAAUGUAUAUAAUUAUACACUACUAUGUAAUAAUAAUACCAAUUCAAUUUUAUAAAUUGAGAAAAUUAUAAUAAUAUCUUAAUAAGUCCGAAUGAUUACCAUUUGAACUAGAUCUCAGAACAAUACCUCAGACAUGUUUAUUGAAAAUAAUUAUAGAGUUAUGAUUCGUCUUAUUUUACGCGUUAUCAGUGUCUGACCAACGGCUAUGUAUGUUGGCGAAAGUUUGAGCUUUUAACUCUGUGUAAAAAAUAAUACUGAUACUUCU